CCGAACCAGUCUGAACCGGUCAGCUCGUGGUCUGGCCCGGCGGAUCGGCCGCUGGUUCAGCCAAUCGGCCUGCUAGGCAUCGGGCGUAGGCGCUGGCCUGGACUGGGCAUGGCAUGCCACUGCCGGGACCUGUUGGGCAUCACCUGGGCGCGGACAUGGCCGUUCGUGCACGCUGGCGGCCACUGGACACAGCCUGCGCGACGGGCGUUAAACAUUUCCUCACAAAGUCGGCUACGUCCUUCAUCCCUCGCCACCAGAACGACCUUUUUAUGUCAUGAUACAUCUUCGUGCUCCCUGGAUGAGCCAAAUAAGGUGCAGUAUGAGCCUCAGUCAAUAUCUCCUUCCUCGAAAUUCCAAGGCCCCAUCAGUGCCUCGGUGAAAACCCUCGACACCUCCGGCGCGGACUUUAGCAUCAAUGGCACUAACAAAUUCAUCAGAAGCCUGCAUAGAACUGACACUCCCCGUAAUGGCCGUAGGAAGUGCAUCAACAACCUGAAUCUGCAUCCGGGCGAACUCCUGGAUAAGACGGCUCUGCUGAGUAACAACAUACCCCAGCUACUUGUAGAUUGGACACGGGGAAAGAAUCUGAUAAUCUCUAGUGCUGCCCCUUCUGUAACCGAAUUUAGAGGGCCUCAAGAUGUUGCAAAUUUGUUAUCUGUGCUCGGGCUCAACAGGGAACAUGCCAAAGCAGCUAUUUCCAAAAAUUGCAGAUCACUCCUAGAAAAUGCAUUGAGGAAAAAACAUUUUUACAAGGAGGCUGUGAAGGUCGAACAAGUACCCUUAGGUGGACAGCAACCAUCCAUGUUCAGUGACUGGCUUAAGUGGGACCCUAUUUCUAGUGGCGAGGGAGAUAUGAUAUUGGAUGAAAUGGAAAAGUGUUUUGCCAUCUCCUGCACCCAAAUGGAACCUGUGAAAGCCAUCAACUUCACUUGUAGUAUGAAUGGACUGCCGGCUCAUGGUUUGCAGAUCAAAGAUUUGUUAUCUGUGACUAAGCCAACUUUAGAUUCUGAGCCUACUACAAUGGAAAUUGAGAAAUUUGCUUCUGUGGAAAAACCAGAAGACCUGGGUGGCAUUAAUUCUUUGCAUGAAGAGCAAGGCAGCCCGCCUGAGAAUCAAGCCACUGUUACUUAUUCGAGUAAAGAGCAAGUAGCUGAAGGCAAAAUUUCGUCAUCUGAUGCCACAGAUAUAAAUCUGCCCACUGGCUGUCAAAGUUUGAAAACUUUUAAAGGUUAUUUUCCUGAAGUGCCUACUGGUAUUCGGGCUCUUCGUGAAGAGGGUCAAACGUCUUUUGGAUAUGAGGCUUUUGGUACUGAAGGUUUUGUAGUUCCAGCUCUACCAACUCGUAAUGGUGCUUGUUCUAAUCCUUUAGAAACUAUACCAAUUCCAAGCGAAAACGUGACGUAUUUAAAUGACUUGAAAACAAACCUUGUUUCGUCUGAAAUCCAUUCGCCAUCUGCGCUGUUUGCGAGAAACAGUUUACAUGAUGGAGGAGAAGAUACUGUAAUUGCUCAAAAAAUUGUUACAGAUGGUAGUAUUUUGGAUGAAAUUUCGAGUUCUUUGGAUGUAAAUAAGUUUCCUGACUUGAUAUUGGAAGAGUCUAAUGUUGAAAAUUGUUGUGGUGUGGGUUUAUGUGAAGGGGAAGUGGUUCCUGCUGACUUAGGCGCUACUGAGGUUGGCCGUUUAAAUAUAGAAGUGCUAUCCUCUGAUGUUCCUGCUCAAGGUAACUAUCUGGAAGGAGGAAAAAAUUCUGAAAAUAAUCAUUUUACAGUUGAGUUAUCUGAUGGCUUUCCCACUGAGGGACACAUAAAUUUAGAAGCAAAUGUUAAUGAUCCAAUACACAAUCUUGUGGUGGAAGAGAGGACGCAAUUGGAUUCUGUCACUAAUUAUUAUCGAGGCCUUAUUAAAUGUCAAGCAGGAAGGAGAAGGAAACGAAAUUCUCGUCACCGACCUCUCUUGUUUCCGUUCAAGCGUCUUUUGAAUCAUAGGUCUUGUAAGAGGAAGUUCCGGAAGUGA